UGCACCACUGGACUACGGUACACAUUCUCUGUGACACAUCGACAAUGUGUGUGCAACGUGUAUUUGUGCCCCGCAGAUUAUAUUUAAAGUCAUGGCACGGCAAAGUCUGAUAAAAACUCUUCUUUAUACAAUCAAUAAUCUGCUGCAGCAGGAAAAAUACAAAGCGGGAUUGGCAAUUUUGAAGGGAUUCAGAAAUGGCGCCGUAUAUGGAGCAAAAAUCAGAGCACCACAUGCCCUGGUAAUGACAUUUCUAUUCAGAAGUGGCAGUUUGAAGGACAAGCUCAAAGUCAUUUUGAAGGCCACUUACACCCACUCCCGCAACCUGGCAUACUUUGUUUUCACAUACAAAGGACUGCAAGCCUUGCAGCAGAAGAUCCAAGGAAAGACUUUACAGUCUCACUCUUUUCUGGCGGCCUGUGUUGGAGGAUGGUUAGUGUUUGGAGACAAUAACAACAUCAAUAGCCAGAUCAACAUGUACUUGCUGUCUAGGAUCCUGUUUGCACUGUCUCGACUGGCUGUAGAGAAGGGACUUAUCCCUCAGCCUAAGCAAGACCCUUUCCCGCUUUUUGCCACCCUGGUGUGGGGCAUUGUCUUGUGGCUGUUCGAGUAUUACCCACACACCCUGCAGCCCUCACUGCAGUCCUCCAUGAACUACCUCUACCAUGACAGCAAUGUGUGGCACGAUAUCUCGGAUUUCCUUGUUUAUAAUAAGCCAAGGACUGCUGCUCUGGAAUGAAGCUUUAGAUUUAUUUUUGUAUAGACCAGCUUUCUGAAAUGCCAUAAUUGCAUUAAAUGAUUUUUAAAAUAUUUUAAUUAAUAUUAAGUUAUUGAAUGUGAUCUUUUUUAAAUAAUGGUUUUCUUAUAACCUACACUGUUCACUGAUUCACUGAUGUGCAUUUUCCUGUGUCCACCUUGUGUCUAAUUUUUAGCUAAAUUGACACAUCAGCAUACCAUUGUUGUCUGGCAAAGUCAGCUUUAAAUAGCAAUAUCUGUAUUGCAUCAGUUUUUUUCUGCUAACAUGAUUGUACAAUUGUUUCAUUUACAUUUGUGGCUUGCCUUCUUCAGCAUUGCAGUGAAUCACUAUGAGACAUGAUGUGUUCUUUUUAAUAAUUUGAAGAUUUAAUCAGUGCUCCUUCCUGUAGCACAACACAAGAAAUACUGUAUGUACAAGAUUUUCUGAAAUUACUAAUGUUUAUAUGUUUGCAAGACUAAAGAGGAUUGGGCAGCAUUUUUCUGUCCAACCCAACCUGUUCCUGA